AUGGCGGGCCAUCAGUCCUCCUAUAGCUACGGAUCAGCUCCCGCCGGUUCUUUGCAAAGCCAGCCGUCGACUUAUCAGCCUCCGUAUUCUCCAGCAGGUGCUCUAGGACAGCAAUACCCGGGGCAGCAGCAAUACCCAGGGCAGCAGCAAUAUCCGGGACAGCAGCAAUAUCCAGGACAGCAACAAUACCCAGGGCAGCAACAAUACCCGGGACAGCAACAACAAUAUCCUGGAUAUGAAUACAACAACCAGCCCACUCAACGUGAUCAACACUAUACCUACCAGCCCAUCCAGCAAUCGCAAAAUUCGCCAUAUUCACUUCAACCAUACGGCGCUCCGCCAUUUAGCCACAAUAUCCAACCGACACCGGCCUCUCCAGGGUACGAUGAGAAUCAAAAGCUUAUGGUGCAGCGUACACAUGUAGACACCUCAGUCGACGUAGGAGAUCUUCGACAAGCCAUGAAAGGAAUAGGCUGCGAUGAGCGUGCCCUUGUCCGCGUCUUUACCAAUUCAAAGUACCAAAACCCAUGGGCACUUCAACAGCUGCGACAUGACUACGAUGUUCGAUUCGAUCGCAAUCUGGAAGAGGAAAUCACGAAGGAAACUCGAGGAGAUUUCAAAGAUGCAUUGAUAGCUUUGAUCAAGGGACCUCUCGAUCACGAUGUGUCUACACUUUACAAGGCAUUGAACGGGCUGGGUACCGAUGAAGAGGCCCUGAUGGACGUUCUUCUCUGUCGUUCCAACGCCGAUAUCCGAGCCAUUGCUGCCCAUUACCGUCAUACCAAGGGCAAAGAUCUGCUUACCGUUAUCAAAGGCGACGUUAAUGAUACCCUUUUCCGCCUCUACAGCAUGGUCCUCUCCGCAACCCGCGCCGAAGACGCAGCCCCCGUUGUGCCCGCAGACAUUGACCGCAACGUCGCCGAACUGCAGCGUGCUACCGAAGGCACCAUUGGCAAAAACGCCAUUGCCGUCGCACAAAUCUUCACCAGCGCCAACAAUGCCCAGCUGCGAGCCAUGAGCAACAUCUACCAGCAGAAAUACCACCGCAGUCUGCAGUCGGUCAUUGAGAAAGAGUUUAGGGGCGACAUGGAAGACGCGUUACUGUGGAUGCUUACUUCUGCCACGGACGAUGGCGGGAAGGCCGACGCAGACUCAUUGCGGGCACCGCUACAAGAGACUCUGAAGAAUAAGAGGGCCAUCACGUAUCGAGUGUUGAGAUUGUAUUGGGGUAAUAGCGCGAGGCUCUAUGCGGCGCAGGCGGCGUAUCAACGCUUUUACCAUAAAACUUUGGACAAGGAGCUGGAAGAUUCGUUGCGUGGAGAUUAUGCGAACCUAAUGGUCGCGUUGGUUGGAGGAUGGAUGUAG